AUGCUAUGCUUUUAUCUUUUUAUACUCAUUAAGUCCACGCAAUUCUGCUUGACAACCGAGCCAGGUACGAGCAGGUGUAAAGACGAAUCUGGGUAUGAAAUAGCCGAUUUAAGUGAUAUUUUCUUGAGAUAUAUUGAAAAUUAUACUGUCGAAGUUUACGUAGACUCACAAAAUUCCACGGACGUCGAAAUCAACAUCUCAGACUAUUCAAAUUACACCGUAGCAUUGUAUGGAAUUAAUUCUUCCCACAUAAAAUUCAAAUUAUCAAACACGAACAAACCGAUAACUUUUAAGUCAUUGACUCUUAAUAACACAGUAAUAUCCAUUGAAUCCGAUAAAUCUUCUUUACUUCUUAAAUCUCAGACAAUUUCUCUCAAAAACGUAACAUUUCUUGGUGAUAAUCAAUUAAAAUUCGAAUGUGAGAAUAUAACAACAGACCUGAACUCAAUUCUCAACAUUUCUUCAAUUGAUGCCAAAAAUUUAUUUGACGUUACCUUGAAUGACGCCACAGAAAACAGUGUUAUUACUGUCAAUGCCAAGAACAACGCGUUCGUCAGAAAUAUUGUCGACUCACUUGAUGUAAAAACAGAUAUAAACUUUACAAAAGUGUCAAAAGCGAAUUGUUACACAUUGCAGUUCAUGAAUACACCUAAAAUUCAAUUUUACUCGGAAGAGAUGUCAGAAAAUUCCAAUACAUUGUCAAUUAAGUUCACAUUGAACCCGAAUUUUACAACCCCUUGUUAUUUUUAUCUUUCCAAGUCUACAAGCAUAUAUAUUUAUGGACUUGAUAUAUCACAGAAGCCAAUUCUUGAAAAAACAACUCCUUUGAACAAAAUUAUUUCAAAUUCCAAUCUCCAAGUGAACCUAGCCAAUUGUUACAUGCAUACAUCUAUUUACUCAUCAGAAUACAUGUCAAUAGUUCCAUUUACAACUGUCCAGAAGCAACAGGUUUUUCUAAAUGAAAUAAUCGCAAAUUCAUCCCCAAUUUAUUUUGAAGAAGAGUCAAAUAUUUCAAUUGGCAGCCUAAAGCUUCUAAACAAUGCUAAAUUAUCAUCAUCGGUGACGAAUGACGUUCUCAUAUACAAUAUGACUUUACAAGGAACAGAUUAUACAACGCCCGUUGAUAACAAGAUUCAUGUUACUAUUGGAUCGACCUUAUUAAUUGACCAUAUCAACGCUACUUUUAAUUUCAUCGCAUUUCAUGAAGAUUCUAUCGUCCACAUACGAUAUUACUUCGACCAACAUCUUCUGACGAUCAAAAAUACGCCAGAAAUUUUGCCAAACCAGCCACUUUUUAUUACAGAAUUUAUUGGGACAAAAAUGCCAACAGACGUGGAAUUUGCACCCUACAAAGGCACAAUACACUAUUUCGUGCAUCUUCCACCACAACUUGAGACUUCAUUAAAAUAUUCUCAUAUUGAUGACGAAACAGGGAUAAUCGGCUUCACGAAAUCGACAGAUAUCACACAAGCGGUCAUAACAACCACUGAUUCUUAUACUCUUUUCGGUUUCAAAUUCAUGGAUUAUCCCACAAGAGUUUAUCCACACUUUUGCUAUGCAGCACCUUCAAAUGCUGUUGACCAAUGUGGCGAAUACGCGUUUAUGUUCCCCAAUAUCACUGGAAGAAGUAUGUCAGAUUACAUAACCGCUUAUACGAUCACUGUAAAGGUUUCUUUGUAUGAGAGUAUGAUUCCUAACGACGUAUUCAACUUCGACAGUGCGAGAAGGCCGAGAAAAAUCUCUGUAAUUGGCUGCCAAAAUGAGACAAUGUUGACUUUCAACAUGGUCUUCACUUCAGAGACGCAUACUUCCGUAAGAAUAUUAGAUGCAGCGAACGUUAGACUCAAUUUCGCAGCUGUAGGAAUAACAACUGUAAAUAUACCAAAAGUUUAUCUUCAUAAUGUAGAAGUUGUUAACAAAGCAUUCUCAAUGGCCGAUAUUGACCAGCUUGUCGUAGAUAUAAAGACACUUUCACGCCUGAAAAGUGAAGGAUUGACUACAUUUUACGUAAAUAUCGACUCAACAAAGUCAAUUAUCUUCACAGGCAAAGACACAUGGAAUUUCAUAGAUGCGCAAGGCAACGUCAACACUUUCAAGCGCAUAGAAUUGAUGAGACCAGUACUUGCUGCUACAGGAAGAACAUCAUUAAUCAUAAAAUGCGAUAAUUCCGCAUUUACCCAACUGCCAUUCACAUAUCUGUCCGAAACGCCCGCAUCAACUCAGUCCUUGGAGGUCAACGUCACCGGAAAAUGGCCUCUUAUCCCGGCCAUCGAGUUGAGAACGAUAAACUCUAUCGUCAUCAAUACCGAGUCAGAAAAUAUUCCAUUAAAAAUAUCAGGCUCUGUUGAUGUAACGAUGAAUGCUGCCAAUUUCGUGUCGAAAGCCAGUAUUCCUCCGAUGAGUUUACCAGAUAAAUCAGAUUUGAACUUUAACAUCGCUCCUCAAUCCCUCGAAGUCAUUUUCAGUGAUGUAUCAAUGAUAGGAACCGGAAACUUCUAUGUUAACUCCCUCAACAAGCUUCCUGUCAUCAAAUCUUUUUCAAUGGGCGAAUUAGCACAAGUUACACUUAAAUCCGUCCAAUUACAGGGUCGCUUGGUCAUUCCAUUCAUGGCCAGACUUACAUUGGUCGAUACAGAUGUUUCCCAAUGCAAUUUGAACUUAUCCGUCAAAUUAGAAGAAGGAGGAAGUCGUGUUGUCAUUGCAGCCAACGAGAAUUCAUCUGUAAAGAGUCCGAAAUCGAUCUUCGUCAAUGUAACUCUCGACCAAUCGAACUAUGGAUUGAUAACUCCAACUUAUUACAUAAAAUCAGUUACAUUAAUCUCUUCUUCAAACAAAGUAUUGAAGAAUUGGAUGAAUCUAAGUAUACUGAGUACAAAUGAGUUGGAUUCUCCUGCAACACCAAUCGCUGUCGAUUUGGUUGAAAGCGAAUCUUUGAUUAUUGUUUCUUUCAAAGGUUUCGCACCGGAUUUGGACUCCCAUGGCCUGACAACACUCCACAUCGCACUUAUAAUUGUCGGAUCGAUUAUUUUGUCUGCUUUGCUAGGUUACGGAGGAAUGACUUUGUAUCUGAAGCUGAAAAGGCAAAAUAACCUGUCUGAUGACGAACUACCAAAUGAUAAUGGUGUGGACUUAUCGAUAUUAUAA